UUCACCCUUGACCUCAUCACUUUCGUUCCUUCCCACCCUGCCUUCUUCCUCAACUUCCUUUUCCCACAUCUUAUAACCUGACACCUUGUUUGUCUUUUCCCAUCGAGACAACUCUAGUAUCUCUUCUUUCAUGUUGAGUUGGAUGCUAGACUUGUCAGAUCACCAUUUUCCUGCAAGAAAUCAUCUUUGAAUCUUGCUUACCCCGCUUGUCCCCCUUAUCUCCCUAACUCCCAUCUCUUCCCUCUGCCUAUCCGCCAUUUGGAUACGUAUAUCCAGAUCGUGCGUCGUUACAACAAACAGAAGCAGCCUUUCUCCUGGAUUCCGGACCUGAAAUCUCCAGGACUCUUGGCCUUGACCCUAGCCGCCGGAUCUGGAACUGGACCAGGAUCGGGACCAUUGGAUUCCUGGCUCUGGAGCUUCUAUAGCACGUUGUUCGUUUAGUUAGCUCAAUACGAUAUUGAAGCCUGAUUGUCAGUUUCUACCACGUCUCCCUCUUCCUCCUGGUUGAUUUUCCUACUGCAAUCGGAAGGUCUUUUACGUCUUGGGUUGUUUCUUUGUCAGAAGUUGCAAGAGAUGGCUUCGGCAUUCUACCGAUGCCACCACUGUGGCUGUGAGACGGAUCUCACCACCACGAUGGCAGUCUUUGAAGACAACCCACAUUGCAGACAGUGCGGUCUGUCGACCUCCGAAGGCGAUAUCAAGAUGCAGGAUGACCUCAUCAAUCUGAUGACGCGAAACCUGAACCUGAACCCCCUUCAGCAUCAGCACCAGCAGAACUUGUCCAUGCCUCCUACCCCACAGGUUGUCCCACAGCCAGCCCCCGUCACCUAUAUCACCCAACAUUACCACCAUUCCGGCCAUCAAGCCCCAGCGCACGAAGUUUCAGUCUCGACGAUCUUAGAGAAUGUGGGAGUUGAUCACUCAGCUCUGUUGCCAUCCCAGUUGGCCUUGUUCAAGCAUGCAGGAGAAGAGCAGAGGCAAAGAUUGAUAGAACUUUGGCAGAUUUCUCCUCCAACAUAUGGAAAUCAGAUGCAUCCAUUGCAUCUAGGUAACUGGCCCGAGGCGAGUAUGGAGCGAGAGGAAGAGGCGGCGCGCUAUCGUUUACAGAUCGCGGAAGAGGAAAAGUCAAAAAGUAUGCUGCCUGGUGUUGCAGGAUUCGAGUCUCGAAACAAUGCUGAACCCUACAUUGUACAAGGUUACGCAAACUUGCCCAAUAUCAAUGGCAAUACGGCUCCCAUGGAGUACAGAAGUGUUGCUGCGCCGAAGGAAGAGUAUAAACCGUCGAGCGACCCGGCUUACAACAGUCGAGAGUGGUGGAAUCUGUCUGAUGACGAACCAAUGGAGCACCAAUAUGGCAUGUUGCAGGCGUAUGCGUAUGCAUUUCCAGUGGACUAUUCAGUAGCACGGCGAAGCGACGGAGAUUCAGAGAUGUCUUGAGGGGAUGGUUAUUUUGCAUUGGUUUAUUUCAGGUCGAGGAAGUUCAAGCAUUACUGUGGAUAUUGCAUUGAGUCGCAUCUAUGAUAGAUUGAAAAUGUAGAUAGCUUCAGAAGACUGUUUGCAGC